AGAAGACAGCCCGUACUGUGCAACGUGCGACAUGCGCUUCUUAACCACCGAAGCGCUUCGGAAGCAUGUAUCCGUGUCUCCCUGCCACGGGCACCCGGCCGAGGAGCCGUUCAAGCCCGGCAAGCGAGCAAGACUUGACGAAAACGAUGCUGAAAGUACGAAGAAGAAAAGCGUUACGUGUGAGCAGUGCGGCGAGGUCCUGGAGUCCAUUCGGCGGUACAUCAGCCACUUCCUGGACAAGCAUCCAGGAAAAAACCGGACCCAGUUCUCGCAGGGACCCAACCAGUACAUGUGCGAGGUCUGCGGCCGGGUCAUGCAGAACGUAACAACCUUGCGGGAACAUUUGCAUUCUCACACCGGCGCGCGUCCCUUCGCUUGCGAGAAGUGUGGCCGCACCUUCGCGACCAAGCAAGCGCUGUCCGCGCACAUGCCCGACCACACGCAGUCUCGUCGCUGCCGAAUAUGCGGCAGGGAAUUGGCUUCCCGCGCUGGCCUUCAACGACACGUUGCGAUCCAUCUAAACGCAAAGCCGUAUUCGUGCGAGCCGUGCAACAAACGGUUCUGCAACCCUUCAGCGAAGCGGGCGCACAUCAGGCAUUUCCACAUGGGCGUGCCCUGGCCCAAGAAGCGGCCGCGCGACCAGCCUGCAUCAAGGCAGAGGGGCGGCACGUUCCGAUCGGACGUCGACAUUGAAAUGGACGAAUUGAACACAGAAGAAUAAAUUAAGAGCCCGUAGCAGGCCAAGUUUGGUCGGCUUCUAAAGGUCAUAGCAGACUUAUCAACUUUAAAAAAUUAUCGCUUUUCGCGAGCUGUCAACCGCGAGGCGAGGCGUUUACGUUACGGUGCGGGGUGGCGUUGCAUCCCUUUCCGGGUCGAUAAGUGUGCUCCAUCCUUAAUUUGUACGAAGUAUUAGCCGAUAGAAUAGAAUAGAUCAUUUGGCAAAUGUGCUUCAAGUGCGGCCUUAUUACAAUGUAAUAUUGUACAUUUUCUUUGUUUAUAGAAAAAUAGGUUGUAAAUA